AUGACAGCUGUCAGCCUCUGUAAGUUUGGCAAGAAAGAGAAAAGUUUAACCAUAGUCAUUGAAUUUGAGGCCUUUGGCUCAGGUACCUCCUCGCAGCCUAUUAAGGAACAUGAAAUCCCUCAGCAGCUGGUCCCAGUCAUCAUGGCUGGGCCCUGGCUGGUAGAGCUGCUGCCCCUGUGCCUUGGCCCUGUCAGGAGCUCCGAGGGUUAUGAACCUUUGCAGAGGCUGGCUGUUGCAUCUUUUGCCUUUGGAGUGAUUGCUGGGUACUUGAAUAGGCUCCAUGCCCCCAACUCCAUCAAAUCUGCCCAUGUAUGGUCACCUCCACAUUGCCACAGCCAGUUGCACUGCUUAGACCUGCUCACUGGUCGGACUGUUUGGGUGACUAUCAAUGCCAUCUCUGUGCAAACACCUCAGGAGGCGGUUCGGGCUGCCCGGGGAAAGAGUGUCACCCUGCCAUGCACCUACCAGACUGCCACCUCUCAACGGCAUGGAGUUAUCCAAUGGGAUAAGCUAAGAAUGGAUUAUUCGGAAAAGGUGAUCUCCCGGGUGUUUGAAACCAAGCAAUACAGCUAUGGUGACCGUUAUGAGAACCGUGUCAACGUCUCGGGCUCUGCUGAUCAAUCGGACGCCUCCAUCAUCAUCGAUCAGCUGACCAUGGAGGACAAUGGCACCUAUGAAUGCUCUGUCAUCCUGACAAAUGACAUGGAGGGCAUCGCCAAAUCACGUGUUCGCCUCUUGGUCCUGGUGAUACCGUCCAAGCCGGUGUGUGGCAUCACGGGAGAGACUGUGAUUGGAAGCAACAUUGAGCUGACCUGCCGAUCAGAGGAGGGCUCGCCCGCGCCUCAGUACAGCUGGAAGAGUUAUGACAUCCUUAACCAGGAGAGGCACCUGGCCCAACCAGUCACGGGACAGAGUUUCAUUCUGAAAAACAUCACCACUGACAUGUCAGGCUACUACAUCUGCACCGCCAGCAAUGAGGUGGGGUCUGACUUCUGCAACAUCACUUUGGCUGUCCACACUGCCUCCAUGAAUGUGGCCCUGUACGCGGGCAUCGCGGGGGGCAUCACUGCCGCCCUCAUUGUCAUUGGUGUCAUCAUCUACUGCUGCUGCUGCCGAAGCAAAGGCGAAGCUGAGGACAAGGAGGAUGAGAGGCCGAACCGGAGGAUCUACAGCAAGCCAGCGGAGCAGCUGCAGCUGCAGGAGCAGGCCAGAGCGGAGGACGAGGAGGAUGACUACAGGCAGGAAGACCAGAGGAGCACGGGGCGCAUGUCCCCUGACCACCGCGGCCGGUGA